AUCAAACUAAUACAGAUAGUUGAUGGUUAUUGGUGGGGUUAAAUAGAAUAAAUAUAUUUAACAAGCAAUAUUUCACAGUAGUUGCUAACGCAUUCAUAGCCAUGAACAUCAAUUUUGUGGGAAAACGUAUUCUUGUAACAGGAGCCGGACGAGGUAUUGGCAAAGAUUUGGCUCUUCGUCUUUCCAAAUAUGAAGGUCAAGUAAUAGCGCUAUCCAAGGAAAAAAACAAUCUAGAUAAGCUAUGUACAGAAGAUCCUCGUAUUCAAUGUAUUUGCGUCGAUCUCAGCGAUUGGGACGCCACCAGGAAAGCCGUUGAAAGUGUGUUACCUAUAGAUCUCUUAGUGAAUAAUGCCGGUGUUGCACAUCUUAAUUCUUUCUUUGAUGCUACGCCAGAAGAUUUUGAUCUAACAUUUACAGUAAAUGUGAAAGCUAUACUAAAUGUUUCUCAGAUAAUCGCAAAAAAUAUGAUUCAAAGAAAAGUUGGUGGUAGUAUUGUUAAUAUUUCUUCGCAAGCUAGCCAAGCAGCUUUAAAGGAUCAUGUUAUCUAUUGCGCUUCGAAAGGAGCAGUAGAUAUGUUAUCUAAGACAAUGGCUCUUGAACUUGGUCCUUAUAAUAUUCGAGUGAAUACCGUUAAUCCUACAGUAAUUUUGACGGAAAUGGGAAAAUUAGGCUGGAGUGAUCCGGAAAAAGCACGAACUAUGUUAGACAAAAUACCAUUAGGUCGAUUUGGUGAAGUGUUCGAGGUAGUAGAUGCGGUAGUGUAUUUAUUAAGCAAUCAUAGCUCAAUGAUUAAUGGAAUUACAUUGCCAGUGGAUGGUGGAUUUUUAGCGACAUAAUUGCAUAAAUCAACCUUCAAUAUCAUUUAUUUUUAUAUUAUUUUUAUAUUUAUAUCAUUUUUAUAUCAUUUUAUAUAUUAUAUAUUUAUAUUAUUUAUAUAAAUUCUAAUUAUAUUUUUUAAUUUUAGAAAAAAAUAAUUUUAUAAGAUAAAAAAAUAUUGUUUCUUUUAUAUACAAUUGAAAUACAAUUCAAAUAAAUAUUUUUAUGUUUAAUGUUAUAACUGUUUCAUGUUUUGAGUAUUAUUAAAAUUUUAUUGAAUAGAAAUAUACAGGAGAGGAUGAAACAAGGUUUUGAAGUUUAGAAAGAAGAAUGAAAUAGAAGAAAGAAAAAAAGAUCAACACAGUUAUCUCGUUUAUCUCGUUUAAUUUAAAAAACGCUUCGUUUCUUCUUUUUUCAUUAUUUAACUAGAAUUCGGUGAGCAAACGGCAGGAAACGGCGUGAAACAAUGAACGCUCGUCGUGAAAGAAAACUCAUUUAUUUUCUGAAAAUAUUUAAGACGAGACGCGUUAUUGUUUCAUCGAAGUCCCUCCCAUCGCCGCCAUUUCCGGUUUGAAACAAACAUUUCGUUUUUUCGGCUCUUUCUAAUCAAUAAUUAUUUGAAUCCCUACAAUGAACAUAAAGUGGCGGAGAAAAACGCGAAAUUAGACUGCCUGCACGGUAGGAGACGUUCAAACUGAUUUAGACACGUUGCAUUUGAUUUGAUGUACAUCUCCUUUCGCAAUCAAUCGUUACGAGCGAAGUAUUUCCAUUCAAAAUUAACCCUUUAUGCCAGUAAUUCUUAAUCGUUUCGCAAAAUUGUUUCGCAGCCACUCGAUCAAACGAAAAGGACUAAAUAAAAUAAAAUAAAAAUAAAAUAAAAAAAAAAAAAAAAAAAAGAAAUAAGAAAAAAGAAAAGAAAAAGAAAAAUUAAUAAGAAAAACGAACGAUCGCCUAGUCUCACUUUUUCGCUUUCUUCAAGAGCUAUAUACCUUCUCUUUGUAUCAUAUAAAAAAUUAAUUAUAGACCAUCAAGUGUGUCUUUCGUAAAUUUCAAAAAAUACAUGAUUACACGUUCGCAGAUUAAGAAUCACUAUUCUACGAUUCGAUAGAGUACAAGUAUUAAAAUCGGUUAACACGUAGAAACGCUGUUUCAUCAAUGCACCUUCGUUCACGCUACUCGGGAAUCUCCAAAGAGUACGGCGGUUAUUAAAUAGCUGCCUAUUUUGAUUAUUAUUAAUAUAUCGUUUCGGAGAAUGUUAUUGUGGUUGUGUACGCACUGUUCUUAUGGCCCUAUUUCCAUCACUCAUAAAGGAUUAACUUCAAGUCAUGCGUUAGGCUACCAAAA